GGAAAUGCUAAUUUGCCCGCAUGUUCACAUUCUCCCACAUGCGUCUGGUAGCGGCGGCAGCGAAAUACCGUGUACCGCGCCGGAGAGAAGCUUCGACGCUGCUGCUGAUGAUGUGUGCACGGCCGUAUAGCGGACACUGCAUGCGAGUGACAGUCUGAGUCACAAAUUGAUGACGACCAAACGAGUCUUGUCACGAUCAAUGCUGUCACUCCGCAACAUCACUCAUCCUGACUCAGCGUUCGUAACAUCUCACUUGCGCCAGAAAAGGUCCGGAAUGUCGAACAGUGUCUCUGCGGAUGGAGGCGCUGGAGCCAAGGCUCGUCCAGGCCAUGCUCGAGGAAGCUCACUCUCGGAUGGUAUCAACACCAUCACUUCUCCAUCUGGGCCCAGAGGCCCGGAAGAUCCAGCAGUGGCGGGUAUUGCCGAUGCUUUGGGUGCCAGUGGCAAUCCCUCACAAGAUGUAGCAGUGACGCCUGCCGCGAAGGGAAAGGCAAAGAGCAAGUCGAAGAAGAAGGGAAAGAUGGUCAUCGACGAUGGAGUGGACCGGAGCAGUAAGGGUUUGCUCAGAGAUCUGAUCACGUUCAGGUGGAUGACAGUGCCAGCAUCAUCCUUCAAGAUUGCAUUCACACUGGCCGCCGUCUACCUCACCCUGGAGUUUGUGCCCGGGUUUUCCGGCACCAACAACCCCUUGGCCCCACUCGUCCGCAUCUCUCACCGGGUUCCUCUCACAUCGGUCCUAGCAGCCGAGCCAUCGCUGAUCGGCGAGGCUUUGACCGCUCCAAUUCACUCGGGCGUCUCGCCUACUGAAACACCUUCGGCAAUCCGAUACCAAAAAGGUUACCAGGACCUGGCGUUUGUCGCUUACUACAUCGUUGUGUUCAGCUUCAUCAGGCAAGCUUCUACUCAGUACCUCUUUCGACCCUUUGCGCUAUGGUGGGGCAUCAGGAACGAGAGGAAAUUGGAGCGCUUCGUGGAACAGGGAUAUGCUAUGCUUUACUGGGGAACUGCCGGCGCAUUGGGACUUUACGUCAUGUCCUUCCAAGAGUCUUGGUGGUAUAACCUCGAGCACCUUUGGCUGAAGUAUCCUCAUUGGCAAAUGAGGCCUGAGCUUAAAGCGUACUACCUAUUGCAAUUGAGCUACUGGUUGCAGCAAGCUCUCGUCAUGAUUCUUCGCCUCGAAGCCCCACGCAAAGACUACUACGAGCUCAUCGUGCACCACCUGGUCACGCUUUGGUUGAUCUUUUGGAGCUACUUGAUAAACCUUACUAUGAUCGGGACCACUGUCUUCGUUGCCAUGGACGUCCCAGACACCUUCCUGGCAUUGUCCAAAGCGCUCAGUUACAUGGGCAUUGAAGCAAUCACUAUGCCCGUAUUUGCCAUCUUCAUGGUGGUCUGGACCUAUUUCCGUAUCUAUGAGUCGGCGCGUACGCUCUGGAGCGUUUGGUUCCAAUUCGACCUCAUACCAGAACACACAAAGGAGUGGAACCCGCCUCAAGGAUGGUGGAUGGUUUGGUGGAUGAAGUACCAGGUCUUUGCACCCCUCUUCAUUCUCCUUUGUCUAAACCUCUUCUGGUAUUUCCUGAUGUGGAGGAUCAUGAUCCGCGCGCUUGCUGGCGGACCUGCGGAGGAUGAGCGAGAGGAGGGAGAGUACGAAGAGGAGGAAGCAGAGAAGGAGAAGGCAAAAUCCAAGUAGGGAGACUAGAGUGACCGCUCAGCGUCUUGAUUCGGACGAGAAUCAUGGGUCUGGAAUCAGAAACAGCGCAUUGUCGAAUGCGUCUCGUAUUCCGCCAGUCGGCUUCUGCUCUACAGCUGGGCUGUGAACGCGCACACUCUUGCAGCAUCUGCUCGUUGUACGUCUGGUCCUAUUCCCACUACGAAUUGAAUUUGGACUUGCACGCACAUUACAUUUCUUGCCAGAGUUGCCUCCAUUGCGGAGUUGAGGGGCGCACACGCCAAGAAGGAUAAGAAUUUCCGAGCGAUGUACGCGAUCCAGUACAGUCACGAGUACGAUUCAGAUGCGGG